CUCUGUCGGCGGGUGAGGGGCGCGCGCUCGGGAGAAGGGGGGCUCCAAGAACGUCGGAGCCACGCAGCCACCUGUGAGCCUCUGGGAAACUGCGGGCGGCGGCGGCGGCGGCGGCGUGCGGGGCCGGAGACCGCAGGAGACGCUCGGUGGACCCCGCCCGCCGGCCGGCCGGGCGCACACACAGGCGCACACAUCCUCGCACCCGCGCGCACACGCACAGCCAGCCCGCAGCGACGAUCCGGGGCGAUGCUCGCCAGCAGGUCUGGGAAGUUUCCCGCCGGCCUCGGCCGCGGGCGCUCGGGCUCCCAGGUGUAGCGCCCCCGCGCGGCGGCGCGGCCGGCGGGCACCUCCGGCAUGACCGGCCAGAGCCUGUGGGACAUGUCCCAGGCCAGCAACGUCGAGGAUGGGGAGAUUCGCAUCAACGUGGGCGGCUGCAAGAGGCGGCUGCGCUCCCACACCCUGCUGCGCUUCCCCGAGACGCGCCUGGGCCGCCUGCUGCUCUGCCACUCGCGCGAGGCCAUCCUGGAGCUCUGCGACGACUACGACGACGUCCAGCGGGAGUUCUACUUCGACCGCAACCCCGAGCUCUUCCCUUACGUGUUGCAUUUCUACCACACCGGCAAGCUCCACGUCAUGGCCGAGCUGUGCGUCUUCUCCUUCAGCCAGGAGAUUGAGUACUGGGGCAUCAACGAGUUCUUCAUUGACUCCUGCUGCAGCUACAGCUAUCACGGCCGCAAAGUGGAGCCUGAGCAGGAGAAGUGGGACGAGCAGAGCGACCAGGAGAGCACCACGUCCUCCUUCGAUGAGAUCCUGGCCUUCUACAACGAUGCCUCCAAAUUUGACGGGCAGCCCCUGGGCAACUGCCGCAGGCAGCUGUGGCUGGCGCUGGACAAUCCCGGCUACUCAGUCCUGAGCAGGGUCUUCAGUGUCCUGUCCAUCCUGGUGGUGUUGGGGUCCAUCAUCACCAUGUGCCUCAACAGCCUGCCGGACUUCCAAAUUCCUGACAGCCAGGGCAACCCUGGGGAGGACCCCAGGUUCGAGAUCGUGGAACACUUUGGAAUCGCUUGGUUCACCUUUGAGCUGGUGGCCAGGUUUGCCGUGGCCCCUGACUUCCUCAAGUUUUUCAAGAACGCGCUCAAUCUGAUCGACCUCAUGUCCAUCGUCCCCUUCUACAUCACUCUCGUGGUGAACCUGGUGGUGGAGAGCUCACCGACGCUGGCCAACUUGGGCAGAGUGGCUCAGGUCCUGCGAUUGAUGCGGAUCUUCCGGAUCUUAAAGCUGGCCAGACACUCCACUGGCCUCCGCUCCUUGGGAGCGACCUUAAAAUACAGCUACAAAGAAGUAGGGCUGCUCUUGCUCUACCUCUCCGUGGGGAUUUCCAUCUUCUCCGUGGUGGCCUACACCAUUGAAAAGGAAGAAAACGAGGGCCUGGCGACCAUCCCUGCCUGCUGGUGGUGGGCCACUGUGAGCAUGACCACCGUAGGGUAUGGGGAUGUGGUUCCAGGGACCACAGCAGGGAAGCUGACUGCGUCUGCCUGCAUCUUGGCAGGCAUCCUGGUGGUGGUACUGCCCAUCACCUUGAUCUUCAAUAAGUUCUCCCACUUCUACCGGCGCCAAAAACAACUUGAGAGUGCCAUGCGCAGCUGCGACUUUGGAGAUGGAAUGAAGGAGGUCCCUUCAGUCAAUUUAAGGGACUACUAUGCCCAUAAAGUUAAAUCCCUCAUGGCAAGCUUAACAAACAUGAGCAGGAGCUCACCAAGUGAACUAAGUUUAAGUGACUCCCUCCAUUAGCCAGGAGGGUUUGUCAUCCUCAAACCCACAUUGCUGAGCUGCCUCUUGUGUCUCUGACACAGUCCAGGCAGCUUAGGGUUAUGGCAUAAGGAGUCUGCCCAACCCCAGAGGGGAGAGGUGCAUGGGAUCUGCAGCGGAGGUUGCUCUCACAGUGCUGAGAAUCCUUUUUUUUUUUUUUUUUUAAGAAAGUGGUGUGUCUGACACCACACCUUUGCACCUUCCAAUGAAAUGGCACUCACUGGUGUUUGCGUCAUGGGUAUAAAAAAUGUUCAUCUUUCUGCCAGAUGAGUAUCCAGAAUGCCAGUUUCUCUGUCUGCUAUGUACACUAUUCAGUGCUUGUGCCCUGGUACUGUGUGUUGUUUGUGUUCCUGUU